CAGUUGCAUAUUGCAUUUCAGAUUAGGUACACAGCACCACCACCCCCACGCCACCGGCAGCUUGUCCUCUCCGGAAACCUUACCAAAUGGAUCCCAAUUUCCAAUCUUCUGAGAACCCUGAAACCCCAGAAGAACAGAGCCAGAACCCACUUGCCAUUUUCCCUUCUCAAGCUCCAUUUGCAACUGCUUCCAUCGCCUUUCCCACCAUUUCACCUACCCAGUUCUUCCCACAUCCAAAAGUGUCCGCCUUGUUCUCUUCUCAUGCCCCGACCAAGGUCAAGGUUCCUACGCAAAUCUACUCUCUUGCCCACCUCUCUUUAUCCUCUGCCUCCCCCUCUCCCUCCAAACUUUCCUUCAAAUCCACAAUUGCCAACAACCCCCUCCAAUCCCCACUGACUCUUGGCCCGCGCCGCCCUCUUGACCCUUCCAAUGGGGCUGCAAUUCGUCGAGCUGCCAUCGUCUGGUUCCGCUGUGAUUUGAGGGUGCAUGACAAUGAGUGCCUUAACACUGCCAACAACGAGUCCAUGUCUGUUUUGCCUGUUUACUGCUUCGACCCCCGAGAUUACGGGAAAUCCUCUUCUGGGUUCGGCAAAACCGGGACUCGCAAUCCAACAUUCUUGAUCGAGGCGGUCUCCGAUCUCCGUAAGAAUCUGCAAGCCAGAGGGUCCGAUCUUGUGGUCAGAGUCGGGAAGCCAGAGACGGUUUUACCCGAAUUGGCGAAAGCAAUAGGUGCUGAUGCUAUUUAUGCUCACAGAGAGAUAUCUCAUGAUGAGGUUAAGGAUGAGGAGAAGAUAGAGGGGGCUAUGAAGGAGGAGGGACUGGAAGUGAAGUACUUCUGGGGAAGUACUCUGCACCAUGUUGAUGAUUUGCCGUUCAAGUUGGAGGAUAUGCCGAUUGUCCAUGUUGAGUUUAAGGAGAAGGUGAAAGGUUUGGAGAUAAGGAAGACAAUUGAGGCACUGGAGCAGUUGAAGGGGAUGCCGUCUCGCGGAGAUGUGGAGCCUGGAGACAUUCCUUCAUUGACAGAUUUGGGGCUUAACCCCAGUGCAACAAUGGCUCAGGAUGGCAAACCAGCUGUUAGUGCUUCCAUGAUUGGUGGGGAGACAGAAGCAUUGGAGAGGCUCAAGAAGUUUGCAGCUGAGUGCCAAGCACAGCCACCCAAGGAAAACAAGGAUGGCAGCCAAGAUAGCAUAUAUGGUGCUAACUUUUUUUGCAAAAUUGAUACAUGGCUAACUAUCGGUUGCAUUUCUCCCCGUGUUGUAUUUGAUGAGCUAAAGAAAGCUGCUACUAGAACUAUUUCUGCUAACAAAAAUGAUGGUGGUAGUGGCUCUUCUGGUAAUUGGUUUCUGUAUCAGUCGUUGUGGAGGGAUUUCUACAGUUUCGUCACCAAGAAAUGCAGUUCUGCAAAGGUUGGAACUCCUGCCACAGCCUGUACAGCUGCCCUUGCUUAAGCAAGAAUUUGUGCCACUCGUGGAGAGGAAGUCUAUUUUGGAAUGUGGGUUGCUGCUUUUGGUGCUUAUUGAAUUUUUAUGAUGUUGUCAUAAGAUGCUUAAGUAGGAUUGCUUGAAAGUUAAAAUGUCCCUUAUUAAACUCGUUGUUCUCAUUGCCCUGAAAUAAUUGAAUGUGAUAGCUUUGCUUACUUAAAAAGUCAGUUACAGCUACUGUUUCUAUUUUAAGUCUCUGGCUUUAUCCUCAAUAAUCUCAUCUAAUUUAU